AUGCUCAGUCAUAUUUCUGAGUCGAGUAAUGUUCUUCAACAGUACAUGAAGCAUCCAUCUGUUGGCCCAAGAGAGCUCACACCGGCUAUGAUCCCUUCAAUUGAAGAGGCUGACAAGCCAGCCAAGAGGGGUAAGAAGCAUGAAACACAGAAGGAAGGACCGGUCCUUAAGCAAACGAAGGGCCAAACCCCUAAGAAGAGAAAAUCUGAUAAAGCUGCAACUUCUCAGGCUCAACCGAAAAAGCAAAAGAAGCCCGCUAGGAGACUUAUUCUGCAAUCUUCAAGCGAUUCAGAUUCAGAAUCUAUCCCUCCUAAGCACAAGAACGCUCCUCCAUCGGAAUAUGAGAGUGAAAGUUCAAAAGAUGAGGCUUCGGGCCGAGUUGAUACUUCGCUUCGCUCCCCUACCCCAGAAAUUCCAGUUCGCUGUAAUGCUGUAACACCGUGA